AUGCUAUAUAACGCUUAUUCUCAUAAACUAUCAAAGUCUAGAAGAAACACGCUCUCCUAUCUCAAUGUCAUGGUGGUUGGCUCGGUUGGCUCUGGCAAAACUGUCUUUGUCAGAACCUUUUGUGAAACAUUGAAGCAUGAUGUGAUUCAAGGCUCCUUCCAGGAAUCUAAGCCCAUGGUGCUGAGGGAUCCACUGCGACUUACAGACGAGCUCUACACGGUCUCAAUGCACAUUGUAGAGAACGGCCAGCGAACAGCACUCACCAUCACUGACACACCGGGGUUCACCACGGGAUACGCAGUAGAUCACCAGCUGAGGUACAUUGCAAAGUACAUUGACUAUCAGUUUGAGCGCACACUUGCUCAAGAAUCCAAAGUCAAGAGAGACGCCAAAGCAUCGGACACUCACAUUCACUCGUGCCUCUACUUUAUUGUCAUCAAGCACAUCCAGACGAUGAGCAAGUCAGAUACUUUGACAGUGGCUCAACGCGAACAAAUCAAAUCAGUAUUCAGACGAGAAAUCUUUGAUAUCCUGCAAAUUCCAAUCUACGGCUGCAUUGAUAUCGACGACGAGGACCAGCAUACCAGCACACCAACACCCACAACAGAUGAACAGAAUGCUUAA